CGCGGCUCUCCUCCCAUUUCUGCCCAGGAGGAGUCAGGGCGGACUGUGAGGGACAAUGAGUUGGGGCUGAUAGAGGAGCUUCUCUACAGUGAAGCGGCGCCAUCUUGCAGUACGGACGAAAAGCUGUGGCGAGCGCCAUUUUGCACUUGGCCGAGAGAUUAGAAGCGCCUUAUUUCAUUUCCCCUCCUGGGCGCCGCCAUUUUAGGUUACGGCAUAGCCUCCGCCUUCCUAAACGCAAUCUCAUUGGGCGCCGCCAUUUUGGCUUACGAACAAGACAGCGACCCGCAGGGGUCCUCACCCCCUCCCUUCCUCCCUUUAGGUGCCUUCAUAAAAUGCCCGUCGAGAAUCCGCUCUUUUUUCGCCCCGCUCCCAAGAUGGCGUCGAUGCGGGAGAGCGACACCGGCCUGUGGCUGCACAACAAACUGGGCUCCACGGACGAGCUGUGGGCGCCGCCGAGCAUCGCCUCGCUGCUCACGGCCUCGGUCAUCGACAACAUCCGACUCUGUUUCCACGGCCUUUCCUCGGCCGUCAAGCUCAAGCUGCUCCUGGGGAUGCUGCACCUGCCCCGCCGGGCGGUGGAUGAGAUGAAAGGGGCACUGACUGAAAUUAUCCAGCUCGCUACCUUGGAUUCAGACCCCUGGGUCUUAAUGGUAGCUGAUAUUUUAAAAUCCUUUCCAGAUACUGGCUCCCUUAACCUUGAUCUUGAAGAACAGAAUCCCAAUGUUCAAGAUAUUUUAGGAGAGCUUAGAGAGAAAGUAAGUGAAUGUGAAACUUCAGCUAUGUUGCCGUUGGAAUGCCAAUACUUAAACAAAAAUGCCUUGACAACACUAGCUGGGCCACUUACUCCCCCAGUGAAACAUUUCCAGCUGAAAAGGAAACCUAAAAGUGCCACUCUCAGAGCUGAACUCUUGCAGAAGUCAACAGAAACUGCGCAGCAGCUCAAGAAGACUGCAGGAGUGCCUUUCCAUGCCAAAGGCAGGGGACUGGUCAAGAAGAUAGAUACAACAACACCACUCAAAGGAAUACCAAAACAAGCUCCGUUCAGGAGUACUUCAGCUCCCAGUGUUUUUAGUCCUUCUGGAAACAGAACUCCUAUUCCUCCUUCAAGAACACCUUUGCGCAAAGAAAGAGGAGUAAAGCUUCUAGAUAUCUCUGAGCUGGAUAUGGUAGGUGCUGGCCGUGAAGCAAAGAGAAGAAGAAAGACACUAGAUACAGAAGUUGUGGAAAAGCAAGCCAAAGAAGAAACAGUAGUAGAAAAUGCUACCCCAGAUUAUGCUGCUGGCCUUGUAUCUACACAGAAACUUGGCUCAUUGAACAAUGAGCCUGCACUACCUUCUACAAGUUAUUUACCUGCUACCCCCAGUGUGGUGCCGUCUUCCUCCUAUAUCCCAAGCUCUGAAACACAGCCAGCUGGCUCUGCACGAGAGGCCUUGCAGACCAACAGACAGACGGAAGAGCCUGCAGCUCCAAAUGCUACUACAACUCUUCCUGCACAGUUCAAACAAAGAACACCCAUGUACAACAGUAACUCUAAUCCCCCUGCAGCUACACCUACCUCACCCCUAACACCCACCACACCUCCUGCCAUCUCCCCUGCGGCACAGGCACCACAAGUGGCCCCCCAAACUCAGCAACAGCCACCACCGAAGAAAAGCCUCUCUCUCACAAGGGAGCAAAUGUAUGCUGCACAGGAAAUGUUCAAGACUGCAAACAAAGUUACAAGGCCAGAAAAGGCUCUUAUACUUGGAUUCAUGGCAGGAUCCAGAGAGAAUCCUUGCCAAGAGCAAGGUGACAUCAUCCAAAUUAAACUUAGUGAACAUACAGAAGAUUUACCAAAGGCAGAUGGCACGGGCAGCACCACUAUGUUGGUUGACACAGUCUUCGAAAUGAACUAUGCUACUGGUGAAUGGACCAGAUUCAAGAAGUACAAACCUAUAACUAAUGUUUCCUAAGAGAUGCAGCAGCAGCAGACUGGACCAAAUCAAGUUUAGAGUCAACCAGCUCAUAGAGUAUGUCAACUGUACAAAAUGGCAUUCAUGUGUACAUUUCUUAUUACCCUCCAGAGUAGAAGCUGUGCUCUUCAACCAAACUGAGCUCAGUGAACACAGAAGUGUUUGAUGGUGUCAAACUCACUUAAUUUCUUUUUUUAUUAAUCUUGGGAGAGGGAAAGAUGAUCUUGGGGGAGGGGGGGACAUUGUUGGUGUGGUUUUGUUCAGGAUACUGAAAAAGGAGAUCACAGCUGAAAGGUUACAGAUGGGAGCAGUUUACUGCUACAUACCAGAAGAGAAGACUACUGCGCAGUCACUCACGGUUUACUGUUAACUGAGGGCACAGAUCUUUAUUAUAAAAACAUUUUCUUUGGCAACAUGAGUUCUGUCGUAAGAAUGGAUGUAUGAAGCACCACAGGUCGGUACUUGAUAAUUUUGUAUUUCAGCUGCAGUAUAACUAUUGCAGAUGGUAGAUGGCAGUGUCUAAAGGUACCCACUGUCUGUUUAGCUUAUUUAUGCUUGGGUCAUAGGAUGAGAUUGAGCAGCUUUGUUUUAGCAGUGGGAACAAAGCGACAUGGACCCCAUUAUGUAUCCGAAGGAGAUUUGCUUUAUUGUAGAAAUCACAUCCUUUUAAACCUUUAAUCUCAAGCUGACAUAACUGAAAGCAAACCGAGACCUAACAGAAAGAAGGCACCCAUUGGCUGGCUCAGCUGCUGUCCACGUGUCCUAUCAUCCAAUCAGCUUCUUGCUCUUACGCUGUCCACUGUUCCUCUAGCCAAUCACAAUCUCACUGUGGUCAUUCAAUGACUCUCUCCUAACUGCUUCUCACCCCUCAGCUGAUUUCCACCUGUCUAGCCUGCAGCUGUGCCUUUCCCAUGGGACCUUCUGGGGAGCAUAAGCCUUAACCACUUUAAUAAUCAUUACUCCAUAUCCUACAUCUCCCCCCCUCUUUUUUAUUAAGCAAGGAAAACCUACUAGGAGAAGCCUAAACAAUUCCUAAGACAUUAGUAACAGUGACAACAAUAAUAACUAUUACAACUUUUCAAAAACUGUAACAUAGGCUUCUCUGGUGUGAGUAGUAAUACUUAACAGGAACAUAAUUCUAAUUUGAAUGAAAUUAACAAAGCGAAGCUUACAACUGCCUGUAUGCUUUGCUAUCACCCGGGAUCUGCCAAGGAGCCUUCUUUUCACAACGAGGACUUGGAAGGCCUCUUCCAGACAAGGCUUCCAUGUUUACCUCAAAGGAAAGUGGUGUAGCUUUUGCAAAGCUAGUGAGUCUUUUCUUUGUACAGAAACACCUGGGUUUGAUAGUGUACUUUUCCUUGCCAGUCAAGGCCAUAGCUUGGCCAGAGCUAAGACCUAGACUGGGAAGGCUUUUCUAUCAUAUCCUUAAAAGAAGUCUUCAGUUAUAACUUACAGAACAGCCGGCUUUGUCAUAAAUAACUUGUAAAUAACUAUAACUAUGUACAUAUAUCUACAGCUGUUUUGAAAGUACCAUUUACCUUAUUGUCACAAACAAACCAAUUCAAAACUAUCAAAGGAUACAUUUUUUUGUCUCAGUGAAACCUGCAGCCGCCAGGCAGGUUUGCUCCUCUGAGGAGGCAAGGCAGAGGUACAAGGUCCUGGUGGCUUGCAGCAACAAUGCUGGGGCUUGCUGUAAGGGUGGCAUGGCAGCGCCCGUGCCGGGGGAGCCACCUGCUCACUGCUGGCAGCGUGUCCCAGAGCAGUGUGGUCUGCACCCCUUGGUUGCCUCUGCCACUGGUGGCCCUGUGCCCUGACUGCCACUUCUGGGUGGACGUACAAGACAAGUGUUCUGGUGACAGCCACUGCGCUGCCUGUCCUGUUGUCGCUGGGCCACGCUUCAUGUGUGACGUUGCCAUAUGUGAUGGGCUGGCAGUCCCCGAUGUGCCUGUGGCUGGCCAUAGGCCACCUGCAGUCAGCUGAGCACCAUCGACAUGGCCACCAGGCCCACCCUGAUUCCCGCCCAGAUGGGACCCCCCUCACAUGUGUCUGAAACAUGGAAGUGUGCGGCUCAAGCCCCUGCCAGAGAGUUAGUAUUAUGAGCAGUAAUUCCUGCAUUUUGGCAUGCUCUAACCGUAUCCGCUAUAUCACAAGUAUGUGGGUUAUGAACAGCGAGCAGUGCUUUUCUACAAUCUUGUUCACAUUUGUAAAUGCAAGCUGCUGCAACAGCAGAACUCUGGCCUCUUUAUUGCUGACUUGCCAAGAGAGUGUGGCAUGAAGUCUGUCCAGGAACUGCACAAAUGACUCUGCUGGACCCUGUAAAAUCUAACCAAAAGACAUAUUAGAGUUGAUACCCAUCCCAGGGAGUUGCUGCAGAGCCUGCAAGGCUGGGUGAGUGGUGAUACCACACAUCACGCGAGUAACCUGCCUGCACUGCAGGGACCGCAAAGGGACCCUCUGCGGUCAGCUGCACAAUGGCAACUGGUGCGUUUCUAUCCUUCUAUCCUCUGGGCUGUACACAGCUCUCAGUAAUCAGUUAACCAGACUGAAAACUGCAUCACUGUUAGAAUCGUUUUCCUUGUGCUUUUCCAGUCAUGGGGUGUGAAGAGCUGUGCACUACUGAUAGACCCUGCUGCUUUCUUUUACUAGCACCCUUAGUUAUUUACAGUCUAGCUCUUGGUACUCUGGGCAUUGGUUCGGUGCCUGUAUUACUGGGCAGGCCGAAAUGACCACCAGGUCACCCUUCUUCAUGGUGGCUUCCCAGCCUUGUUGCCAACGCUGGACUCCUGCACCGCCAUCUUGGUGGGGUAAGGCAGUUCUGUGGGGCUUGGGUUAGUCUCGGGAUAAGGGAAUUCAGCAGGGUUUGGGUCUGUCUUGGGGUUGUAUAUGGGUUGGGGGAAUUAACUUCCAAAGCUGCGUAAUGGCUGACAUUUGCAUGAUAUUUCCUUUAAUGGCUGCCACAAUUGUUUCCCAUGUAGCAAGGUGCCCGCAAGCUUCGGCAUCGCCAUCCCUGGUGAUAUCAAAAAGUCUCUGCCCUAUUGCUUGCAGGUUUCUGAUCAAAGGGACCCACUAAAGGGAAAAUCUGUAACUUGAUUAGACACCCAGUCCAGCAGGGUGCUUAGUUUCACAUCAGCCAUAUUAAUAGAUUGCUGAUGUAGCAGCUGCCUGACAUGGCCCAGGCUUCUGCUUUGUUCCCCUGAUAUUCCACCUCCCAUACUUUCUCCCACUGGUCUCCUCAUCCUUCCAGUGAGGUGCACGCACUUUAAAUUCCAAGUUCCUUCCUGAACUCUUCCUGGAUCCUGCCUGGCCGGUUCCGUGGCUUAGCGGGAGCUGCUACCAGAGUGGACUGCACAUCCUGAGCCCCUUUACAGGUCCCUGUUCAGGCCAGCCAGCAAUGGGAACAAAGCAACACGGACCCCAUUAUGCAUCCAAAAGAGAUUGCUUUAUUGUAGAAACUGGCCCUUUUUUAUACCUUUAAUCUCAACCAAACAGAAACCUGACAUAACUGAAACCAAACCAAGACCUAACUGAAUUUAACAGAUAGAAGGCACCCAUUGGCUGGCUCAGCUGCUCUGCUGCUGUCCAUGUGUCCUGUCAUCCAAUCAGCUUCCUGCUUGUAUGCUGUCUACCGUUCCUCCAGCCAAUCACAAUUUCACUGUGUGUUCCUCCAGCCAAUCACAAUUUCUCUGUGUGUUCCUCCAGCCAGUCACAAUCUCACUCCCACCUGUCACUCAAUGACUCUCUCCUCCUAGCUGUCUCUCACCCCUCAGCCAACUCCCACCUGUCCAGCCUGCAGCUGUGUCCUUCCCAUGGGGCCUCUGGGGAGCAUCAGCCUGAACCACUUUAAUAAUCAUUACCCCAUAUCCUCCAUCUUGUUAACUCUCUAUAUUGUCAGUGUACAUGCCCAGCAUGAGCUAAUCUUUAUUUGGCAUUAUUUGAGAUAGACAGAAACUGAGUAUCAUAACUUUCUGAAGAAAAACCCCAUCAAAAUGGUAAAAGUAACUGUGGCUUGUUGCUGCCUGGAAGUGAUAGUUUCUUGCUAUAGGAGUCUUGGAGUAGAAGUUGAUCUAUGGCUCUUGCAUAACAAGCCCUUAACACAGCAUAACUUACCUGGAGGAAGGGAAACAACUACAUCUCAGAACCAACUGGAGCUUAAUUUAAAAAUGGCCCUAGAAAUGGUUGAGACACAUCUGAGUAGAAGUAGUUUUGUUGUCUUGAGGCACUAUUCAUGUAUGUUUGGUUGAGCAGUAAAAAGCUGCUUGAUUGCCAAACCCUGACCCAAAAAGUUUUUAAUGACUGUAGCUGUGGUUCUUACCAGUGUAGUUUUAUCAGUAUAAUUGCUAAUGUGACCACAGUUAUACUGGCAUAAAAAUGUGCCUUGUACUUGUUCCCUUAUAGUAGAAGCACAUUUUUAUCUUUACAACUGUGUUCAUGCCACUGGUGUAAUCUGGCUUUAAUGCUACAAGCAAAGCUGGCAUUCACUGAGAGGAUUUAUGUACAUUACUCAGGAUUCCUUCUUGGGACGCUUAGCUUCAUCAUUUGAAGGAGUCUUGAAUUCAGUGUCUGAUUUCUGCCAGUACUUGUGUGUGCAGCUGUGCUUGGUUGGGAAUGCUGCUUAGGAGGAAGAAAUACAAAGAUGAGUAGCAGAGUGGUGAUGUGUGGAGGAGGUACCUUGGGCUGACUUAAAGAUUCAUGCUGAAGUGGAACUUUUAGUACUAAAUGAGGCUUUUUUUGUUGUUGUUCCUUUUUUCUGAAAAAAAUGCAGACCAAAUCCCAUAGUACACUUGUAUACUAAUAAAGACAUUUAGAUGUUUGAUUAGAAUCUUUUUUUAUUGGGGAAUUUUUUAUUGCAUUUUAAUCUUUGGUUUUCAAACUACCCAACAGGACAGGGCAAGUAUAAAUAAUAUUUUUUAAAAUGCCCUGUAUUCUACAGUGUUUUAAGAUGUGACCAAAAGUGUAGAUUUCUUAACUUUAUUUAAGCAAAUACACAGAAUGUUCUAGUUCCUGUAACAGGCAGGGUAUUUGAUGGUAGUUGCUGCUGUUACAGAGUGUUGUGCAUGUUUUAGUGUGAAAGUUACUCACAUAUAACUGCACAUCGGGGCUGUCCUCCCCAGAAUUGCCCAUUUCUGAAACAAGGUAGAUUGCAAUUGUGAUUCCAACUUUUCUUUUUAAACAGCUAGAAAACAGCUUGACAAGUGAGGAUGAGUAGUGAGUUUUAAUUUUUAGGAGUUUAGUAGAAUGUGUUAUGGUUAUAACUUGGUUUUAGAGUGUUACUCAGUGAGGGCUAAUGAUAGGAUAUGAGUGUUCAUCAAGUAUUCAUCUUUUAGAAGAAAGGUUUAAAGAAAAGUGACAUUCCUUUUGUUGUCUGCAUUCAGAUUUUGAAGUUUCCUUGUGAUGACCAGUUUUCUGUACAUGUGUAUGAUACUUCUGUCUUAACUGUUCCUGCUUGCUAGAUGAGCUGCAAGUAUCAGAUAACAGUUGUUAAGAAUGAGCAUUUAGAAAAUUGGCUGGCUUGAGGGGCAUGUACGGUCAUGGUAAACUGUGGAUGCAAGACCUGUGCAGUUCAGUCUUGGUCAGGAGCUGCUGUGUGGUGGCUCUUUUGGCUUGCUGGAGAUUAAUGGUGGUCCCUCACUAAACUUUCUGGGGCCACAGAAGCCUGCAUUUCAGACCUGUGCUUUGGGAGGAGAUAGCUGUCCCUCUGCUCUUCAAGAAGCCCUUCUAGAAUGCAGUGGAGUUAUUUGGGUGCAGUAGUAUGUAGGAAGCUUAACCAUGCUGCUGUUUGUAAUUGCUGCAUAAUGCAGUUGGUCUCCAGGCCUGUUUGUCUAAAGUCAGUCAUAGG